UAAAAGUGAAUUGAAAUCCGUUUACGCUUCAUAGUAUCUUUUUGAAAUAAUUGGUUAAAAUAUUUGAAAACACACUAUACUUCACCUAACUGUCUUCUGAGAUAAAUGGAUUUCUGAAAUAUCCGUGCUUGUGGAGUUUCCCAAGCGGCAUCUUUAUUCUUUGAUAAAUUAAAACAAUACAUUUUAUGUACAACAAACCAUAUGACGAAAAAUACAAGAAAAUUUCCUGUAAAGAAGUAAAGAUUUGGAACUUCAAUUAUACUUAUAAGAAGGAAAUAACGACAUGAGAAAUGAAACAAUGACAAGUGAUUUACAAGAUCAGACAUGGUUCAUCGUUAUAAAAUACAUAUUGUUUGUAGGGACAUUCAUAAUCAGUAUUUGUGGGAAUAGUUUGUGUGCUUAUAUCAUUUUCACUCGAAGACAAAUGAAAAGUGUCACCAAUUUAUUCAUCUUAAAUUUAGCAAUUGGUGAUUUGAUAUACACUUUCAGCAUUCCAUUUGAGUUAGCAGUUGUGGAAAAUAAUAACAAAUGGAUAUUUCCUCCUUUUUUCUGCAAAGUUUUGUCCCCACUGCAAACAAUAUCGAUGUCUUCCUCAUUGUUUACAUUAACUGCUCUCAGUUUAGCAAGAUACAAAGCAAUUCUCAAGCCUUAUAACAAACAGCUCAAACAAACAGCUGCAAAAUUAAUUAUCAUUUUAGCAUGGCUUUUCUCAACACUGACUGCUUUGCCUCAUGCAUACCAUCAAACUAUUAUAAAUAACGAAUGCCAGGAAAAAUGGAUGAACACAGAUGGAAACAAGAUUUACACAUUAAUAUUAUUUGUUCAAUAUUUAAUACCAUUGACAAUAAUGACCAUUGCAUAUGGGUGUAUUGGUAUGGAGUUAAGAAAAGAUUUUCCAGGUGAGAAUGCAUUUCCUGAAGGAGAACGAGCAAAAGAAACAAAAAAAGUUGUUCUUAUGCUCGUGAUGGUUACUGCUACUUUUGCUGUUUGUACAUUGCCUACAUCAAUCAUGUGGCUUUGGUCAGAAUUUGGAAAUGCAAAAAGAAAUUUUCCACAGUUUUGGGAUCUUCUACACAUACUAAAUUUCUUUGAUUUCAUCAAUCUUGCCGUCCAUCCUUUGCUUUAUGUGUAUUUUAGUAAAAAAUUUCGAAAUGAAAUGAGAAUCACAUUUCAAAGAAAUAGAAAUGCUGCAACUAUAUCACGCAUUUAAACAUUUCAUUAAUGAAAAUAAAGGACAUUCUAAUAAUUUAAUUUACGCAGAGACAUACAAUGUACAUAUGUUGAACUUAUAUAGGCGUAUGGGAGCUAUAUCAUUUCGGGAAGGGGGGGGGGCAGUAAAUAUUCUCACUAACACACAAAGAAGGUACCACCGUAUUUUCGUCGACUAACGUUAAAAAUUUGCCAAACUUUUCAAUCUUUAUGCGAGCUUGUAAAUGUUUAAGUCAUAUGUUAAAUUAAGUUUAAAUUCGUAGAUAAUAUACACAACAUAUAUAUUAUACGUAUGAAGUAUAAAACUUUUUUCGAAAGCGUAUUGGGAAAUCAUAAACCUGUAAAACCGUGUAAAUAUUCAAAAGAUUUACAAUAUUUGAAUUAUAUGGUGUUUGUCACAUUUAAAA